AUGCGUCUCAUCGAUGUUCAGACUCUCCGCCUCGUCAACAUUUUCAACCCACAGCAGACAGAGUACGCCAUUCUGUCCCACACGUGGGGUUCCGAGGAAGUCACGUUCCAGGAAUGGGAGCAAGUCAACCCCUCCGGUGCGAUCAAGGGACAGUGUCCACACGUCCACAAGUCUGAAUAUACCAAUAAGAUAAAAGCCAAGUCAGGCUAUCAAAAGAUCCUGGGUGCAUGCGAGCAGGCUCAACGGGACGGACUCCAGUAUCUCUGGUGUGAUACCAACUGCAUCAACAAGGAGAGCUCAGCUGAGUUGAGUGAGGCCAUCAAUUCGAUGUUUGCGUGGUAUCAUGACUCGAGAAUCUGCUAUGCCCACUUGCCCGAUGUUUCGGUGCCACGCAAUCAUUUCAGGCAGACAUGCUUGAGUCAACUAGAAGACUGGUUCGCCCGAAAUGAUGACGAUGUCUCAACACUUGCCGAAUUCAGCGGCAGCAGGUGGUGGACUAGAGGAUGGACUCUUCAGGAGCUACUUGCCCCUGGUGAAGUUGAAUUCUAUGCUCUGGACUGGACACCACUAGGGUCUCGAACCUCUUUGAGGACGGUUAUUGCGAGAGUUACGAACAUUCACGAGAAGGUCCUAGCUGAUCGAAACAAAAUUCCAACCUUCUCAAUUGCUCAAAGAAUGUCAUGGGCUUCAGACAGGAAAACGACUGUCAUCGAAGAUAUGGCCUAUUGCCUGCUUGGUAUUUUCGGUAUCAACAUGCCAAUGCUCUAUGGUCAAGGCAUUCAGGCCUUUCAGAAACUUCAAGAAGAAAUCAUCAAGAUAUCAGACGAUCAAAGUAUCUUCGCUUGGAAACUUGCCGCACCAGAUCGGAAUAUCUGGACUGGAGCACUAGCUAAAUCCCCAUCGUAUUUUCAAGAUUGCGGAUCUAUCUCCAGACUUCCCUGA